AUGGCUGCCCACAGUCCUGUCAUACCAGUCAAUCGCUCAGGUUAUCAAGCUAUCAUGGCUGUACAAUUGGCCCAUGAGAAAACCCCGGCAGAGAGAAUAUUUGCAAAACAAAAGGCACUCUCGUGGCCCCCUUGGAAAGAAGCUCGAAUGGGAAUCGACUCAGAACGUGGCAACGAGGGUAUGCGGAGUCGCACGAUGCAGGUAUUGUCUCAGAUGAUAGAAGCCGGCUAUGCGCCCUCUCCCUGGGAUGAUGUGGCUGCAAUUCUCGCGGGCUGGGAUACCGAUGGUACUCCCACUAUUCAGACGCGGAGUCUAGCGAGACCACAGAAGUCUUUGGGGCCUGGUACCAAAGAGUCCAAGGUUACUUCGACAGUUUGGGCAAGCCGAAUUCGUGCGACCCGCACUUUACGAGAGGCUUGGGCGUGUUUUCUAUCAUAUGAAACUCGUUGUGGCCAUCCCAGUGAGCCAGUAUACCAUGCCAUGGCCAGAAAGUUGAUUUACAGGAUGGAAGGAAGUGACGACAUAAAUUCUAAGAAUGAAUCCCUUCCGGGAGAUGGUUUCGAGGUUUAUCCAGAACCAAGCUCAGCUCGCGACGUAACAUAUGUCCCUACAGAGCCGCCAACACUUGAAGAACUGAUUGAGCGGAUGAUAUCGCAAGGGAUUUUACCGGGCGUUGAUUUUGUCGCUCUGCUACUACGUUUCUCGCCGGAUUUCUCAACAGGGCUGAGAUAUAUAGCUGCAUUUUUGAGCCCGAAGCAGACGAAGGCUGUGAGUGCUCUUUACGUUGGGGACCUUGAAGGGGAAAAUUUAGAAACCCUAAAGGCAAUGAAACCUAGUCUUUUCGACUCGAUCAUUACCUUCUUUUGCACCAAAUCACACUUGCCAUGUCCCGGACAUCGCUUCCGCAAAUCGGAUCUUUUCCCAAUUCUAAUGCAGCGACCAUCGCAGCUCGUGGUCGAUACGAGUACCUUCUUCUCCGACGAAGACGUCUUACGAGAAGGCAACUGGAACGGUCACCCACAGACAUUAUCGCACGCAGUUGAACUCUUGCUGGCCAGAAAGCCGCGGCGGGUGGCAGCAUGGAUACCUUUGCUCAAGGCUUUAGCUUCGCCAAGGGGGCCGAGCGAAGAAAGAUUGGUCAAGCCACAUGUGCACUGGUACUUCGCUUGGUACGAGGUAUCCGAAGUGAUUCACUGGAUGCAGGAACUGGGCCUUGAACCUGGGAUGGAGGGUUUCAUCGUCCUUUGUCAAAUAUUUGCGCACGCAGUCGGCGUAGGAAUUCAAAGUAUAGCGGCAGCCGAGGAAAGCUUAUACUUGGCACACAGAAUGAAAAGACAGAAUGACAAAUUACAUGUCAACAUUGCGGAUGAUUUCGAGUCAUUUGUUUACCAGGGACUUCGGGUCUUGAAGUCCUAUUUCGAUCGCCUUGUGCUGCCGAUUCAUCCUAUGUUAUUUAAAAAUCAAAGUCCCAGCAGCGAAACUGGCCAGUCCUCCUCGCUUGAAUUGCCUAAACUGCCUGGAAUGAUCGUGCCAGACAUGAUUGAGGUGCCCACUCCUGCUGCAUUGCAUUCCUUUGUCAGAGCUCUCGGAACUGCCGAGGACCAUGACGGUAUCCUCAAUCUGCUCGAAUGGAUGAGUCGAUACGCGUCGGAAAUCGCAGACGCAGCUGAUCUAAAGCGAGGUGGUAGAAAGAUGUUGCGGCGCACCUUGACUGCUAUGCGAGUUUAUCUCGAAGAUCUGAAUGCGCUCAAAUUGCCUAUGCGCGAACCCGAACCCGAGCCUAUGGUGAGUGGCAAGGCAUCUCUCGAUUCUUAUUACCAACUCGGCGAGAAAAAAGAUGAUCAUGCAGAGGCUCGUCCCAUAUUCGUCGAUGGAAGAGUCGAAGAGGCAUAUGAGAUUAUUGAGAGCACGGCAAUCUGGGGAUCUUGGCCCUCGGACGAUGAGGUUCGAGCAUACGUUGCACAUUAUAUGCAUCCUGAUAUAUAG